AACGUAUGUUUAGCCAAAAAGCCAGCAUAUAUGCCAAAGGACUCAUAAGUAUUACUCCCCCAGCAGUAACCUGCAAUUUACUGCCUCUCCCUCGUACAUACAUAUAUAUAUGCAAGCUUUAUAUCAUAUGUUUAUAUAUAUAUAGUUCUCCGUCUCUCAAAAGCUGUCCAAAUAUAUGUAAAUUUUCUUUAAUUUAGAUCUUGAAAGCUAUACCAUAUACCUUUUAGAUAAAGCAAUCCACAAUUCACGUGCCUUCUCUCACCAGAAUUCUUUUACCAUUUCAAAAAUCUCACUUUUUUAUUUUGUUUUUGUUUUUAUUGUAUAUAUUUAGAAAAAAAGUUCUCAGAAAGAGUGGAUAAAUUUUGUGGACUUUCUUUGAGAAUCUUGAAAUUUGAGUUUGGUGAGAGAUGGGUAUGUGGUGGUUUUGUGGGUUGGUUGUUUUGUGUUUGGUUUUUGGUGUGAAUGGGUUUCCAGAGGAAGAUCUGGUGGUGAGGUUGCCUGGGCAGCCAAAUGUUGGGUUCAGGCAGUAUGCUGGGUAUGUUGAUGUGGAUGUGAAAGCUGGGAGGAGUUUGUUUUACUACUUUGUUGAAGCUGAAAAGGACUCUCUUCAUAAGCCCCUCACUCUCUGGCUCAAUGGAGGUCCAGGUUGCUCCUCAAUUGGUGGGGGUGCCUUUACAGAGUUGGGUCCUUUCUUCCCUAAAGGCGAUGGCCGGGGCCUCAGAAGAAAUUCGAUGUCAUGGAAUAAAGCAUCAAAUCUCCUUUUUGUUGAGUCUCCAGCAGGGGUAGGAUGGUCAUACUCCAAUACAACUUCGGAUUAUGUCUGUGGUGAUGACUCCACGGCUGGUGAUAUGCAUAUGUUCAUGAUGAAAUGGUAUGAGAAGUUUCCAGAAUUCAAAUCCCGAGAUUUGUUCCUCACAGGAGAAAGCUAUGCAGGGCAUUACAUACCACAGUUGGCCAUUGCCAUUCUUGACCAUAAUGCACAUUCCAACGGUUUUAAGUUCAACCUGAAAAGCAUUGCUAUUGGGAAUCCACUUCUCAAACUGGAUCGCGAUGUUCCAGCAACAUAUGAAUUUUUUUGGUCGCAUGGAAUGAUUUCUGAUGAAAUUGGCCUCACCAUCAUGAGUGACUGUGCUUUUGAGGAUUAUACCUUCACUUCUCCACACAAUGUCACCGAUUCAUGUAACAAUGCUAUAUCUGAAGCAAACAGCAUUGUAGGUGAUUAUAUCAACAACUAUGAUGUGAUCCUUGAUGUUUGUUAUCCAUCUUUAGUACAGCAAGAGCUACGAUUGCGAAAAAUGGCUACCAAGAUUAGUGUUGGGGUUGAUGUGUGCAUGAGCUAUGAAAGGCGCUUCUAUUUCAACCUUCCCGAGGUUCAGAAGGCUCUUCAUGCAAAUAGAACCAACUUAGCAUAUGACUGGUCUAUGUGCAGUGAUGUUGUGAACUACAGCAGCACUGAUGGAAACAUUAAUAUCCUGCCCUUGCUUAAAAGGAUAAUCGAAAAUCACAUCCCAGUUUGGAUUUUCAGUGGGGAUCAAGAUUCUGUCGUGCCAUUACUCGGUUCGCGCACACUUGUCCGCGAACUAGCUCAUGAUCUACAUUUCAAGAUCACAGUCCCAUAUGGAGCUUGGUUUCACAAAGGGCAGGUGGGAGGUUGGGUGACCGAGUAUGGAAAUUUAUUAACUUUUGCGACUGUAAGGGGUGCAGCUCAUAUGGUGCCCUAUGCACAGCCAUCAAGAGCUUUGCACCUGUUCAGUUCAUUUGUUCGUGGUCGGAGAUUGCCAAAUACAACUAGCCCUUCAAUCAAUGAAUGACAGAAGAUGGCAACUGCAUCAACGAUGUUUCGAGUUGUUUUUCACAUUUUCUUGAGGUCCCCUUUGCCAAAUGUUAAUUUCCAGCAUCAAUAAGAAAACGAAAAAGAAGAAAGAAAGUAUUGUUUACAAUUCAUUAAAUGCAAUUGAAGAACCCAAUUGGCUUUUGAUUAAAUGGAAAUUAGUUCACAGAGCUAUUUGAAUGUACUGAUUCAAAAUCAACCGGAUUGUGAAUAAUGAACUUUGCUUGAAUUUUGCAUUCAUUUGUUAUGGUAAAUUUGAGCCCUAAGCUGUUCAAUUUUU